AUGCAGCCCCCGAAGACUUUUGCUGUCCUUCUCUGCGGAGUCACAGCUGCCGCAGCGGGCCCUGUUGCCUACGGCAUUUGCCAAGCUGGCUGCUCUUCAGUUGUUGUCGCCUGUUACAGCGCGGCGGGCUUCACUUUCGGCACCGUUGCUGCUCCUACAGCCCCAGCUGUCAUUCUCGCCUGUAACACUUCCUACGGUACCUGCCAGGCAGCUUGUGCUCUUGCUGCCAUUUCCCCCACGGCCUGA